UCUCUCUCUCUCUCUCUGCUGCUUUCUGCUCCCCCCAUCUGAUGCGCACCAAUUGACUGCUCCGCUGAAACCUUUCACCCUCGUACCAUCGCCCUCGACCGCCGUCCCUGCCUGGGCCUGUCCUUGCUUGCCCGUCGCCUCCCGCUGCUCUGCCCUGCCUGCUGUCGCCCGUCUGAGUCUCUGUACACUCGCUCGCCAGCCGGCGCACUCCCUCGACCUCACUCUCCCGCCUGCUGUCCAGCCCUCAACCCUUGCUGCUCUUCUUCUGUUGCUUCCGCUUCUUCCUUUGGCGCCUGCCCAACCACUGCGCCCUCCUCUUCCACUGGCACUCGCCCCCGCUGCUGUGUCGCAAAGCUACACCGAUCCCUCCCAUCUGUCCAUCCGACGCCCUUGACCUAGUCGACCUUGUGAUCGAGUCCGCCCGUCCGUCGCUGCCAUUGGUUACCAGAUCGACCUCCGUCCACCGAUCGGCAUUCCUCGACCCUCAACCACCAGCUCUUCACGCUUUUCGCACUCCAAUUCUCGACGCACCCGCUGCGCUUUCGCCCUCACUCUUCUCUUGGAACGCUUGGGCCUCGAUCCUCUCCCCCCUCCCCUGCGCAUCGGGCGUUUUUAUCUUCUCUGCGCGCUCCUCGCAUUGUUCCCGAUUUGCCCCCUACCGCUUCACACAUUCCUUCCGCGCAUCUCUGCCAUCCCCGACCAAGCAUUGUGCGCUCAAAAACCUGCGUAUCCGCGACGGGGGCCACGUCCCAUGGAGGCACGGCUCUAGACAAGUUGCGCCAGACGACCUUCCCUUGUCGUUAGAUCCCACAGCUGGCGCGCCGUCGUCCCCUCCGCCUUCGCUCCUACGGCCUGGCGGGCAAAGACAAAGAGAGCGAGAGCGAGAGCAAGAGCGUGGAUCCUCUUGAGCAGCGGAGGAGGAGGAGUCGAAGAGAGGUUGGAUCCCUUGGGAUCCCGUCGAACACGAAGCCAUGGACCAUGGCGCCUGCAACGUCAUAUACCUAGAUCGGCGUGCCCAAGCAAAGACGGUUCGCAGGGACUCUGUGUUUCCAAACAGCGAGACCAGCAAUGCGAGCAUGCCGAGCUCCCAGGACGAGGACUACUUUGACAUCCCCUCGCGGUUACCGGAGGAACUGCGCAACAACAUCCAGUCGAUACUGACCACGUUCAACGAAGUCCACCUUUGUCAGUCCGGCUCCAUAUGUCUGGACAAACUCGCCGAACUGCAACAGUCGUCCAAGAGUCCAUGUCCUACCGUUCUGCUCAUCGACGUGCCCUACGAUGAGGAGCAGCGUCGGAAACGCCUGUCGCGAGAGCCACGUACCCCGUCCCCAACCUCGUUCCGUACUCGACCCAAGACCAACGAGUCUCUCGAGGCCGCAGACAUCUACGGUGUUCCCUUCUUGACCCACAUCUCCGCCGAGAUCCACGCCCGGAACCUGUCGCGGAUGAUCGUCCCCGUCGUCGUUCUCAGCGGCUUUGAUCGCGAGUGGGCUGCCAACUCGAGUCUGCCCUCGCCCUCGGUACAUGGCUCCCAGGUUUUGUCUGACACCUUUCGGCUGACGCGGUACCUCGACAACGGUGCCGUUGACGUGCUGGCUAGCCCCAUGUCGAGAGACUCCGUUCAGGGCCUUGCCGUCCAUGCCUACCGGAUAUAUAAGGAGGUCAGCGCAUCCGAGGCCGCCUUUAUGGCGCAGAAACGUAAUCGCAAGCUGUCAUGGGUGGGUGUCGACGAGACGAAACCUUACGCCUAUCUCAGAGAAGCCAUGGUCUCCAAUCUCAUGGAGCGCAUAUGCAAUCCUGGCAUGGUGCCAGAGAAAUACGACGUAACAGACGUCGAGAUAGAGCCGGAUAGAAAGGAGGUCGUCGCCCAAAGCAUCGGCACCUGGGAAUUCAGCGCGCACGACUUCACCGACGACGAGCUGCUCCAUGCAGCGCUGCAGAUGCUACAACAUGCGCUCACCAUGCCAGAGGUUGAAAAGUGGCGCAUGAGCGAAGAGAACCUUCUCACAUUUUUGAUGGCCACUCGUGCCGCGUACAACGAUUUUGUCCUUUAUCACAAUUUCCGCCACGUCGUCGAUGUCCUGCAAGCCUGCUUCUACUCUCUCUGCUCGAUAGGCGCUCUUCCACCGUAUCCACACCCGCGCGGAAAGCUGAAACCUAUCAGAUGUCCCAUCUCCACUUUGAUCAAACCCUUUGACGCGCUCACGCUGCUCGUCGCUGCCAUCGGGCACGAUGUCGGCCACCCAGGCGUCAACAACGCCUUCUUGGUCGUCCUCAACUCGCCGCUGGCCCAGCUGUACAACGAUCAGUCCGUGCUCGAGUCCUUCCACUGCGCAGCCUACUCUCAGAUCCUGCGCCGGCACUGGCCCGCCUGUUUUGAGGACACGGCGAUGCGGAAGCUCAUGAUCAACGACAUCUUGGCGACGGACAUGGGCGUUCAUUUCAAGUACAUGAGCGAGAUGGGAAAUCUGCAGGAGAAGUACACGCACAACGGAGGCAAACUCGACGGAUGGAACGUCAAGGUCCAGGAGGGCUACAGGGACCUCAUAUGUGGGCUGCUGAUCAAGUGCGCUGACAUCUCCAAUGUUGCCCGUUCCUUCCCAGUAGCCGCACAAUGGGCUUCUAUCCUGACCGAUGAGUUCUCGAACCAGGGCAACAUGGAGAUCGAGCUGGGGAUCCCCACACAGCUCUUCGGCGGCCCGCCUGUCCGCGACAACGUCGUCAAGAUGGGCGAGUCACAGAUCGGCUUCAUAAAUGUGUUCGCUCGUCCACUGUUUGAGAACGUGGCGAAGCUGCUUCCCGGCAUGAGUUUCGCCGUCGACACCAUCCUCGAGAACGAGCGGAUCUGGCAGGUCCGCAUCCGGGAAGAGAAAGACGCCCAAGAGCGUGGGAUCGUGCGCAACGAGACUGUCGAAAGUGGUCUGCUGUCCCCACGCAGCGGCAGCCCCGCCAGAGACGCGAGUUCGACGCAAAAGUCGGCCCCUGCAGUUUUGGAGGCGGGUGCGCUGACAACGCAACCAGAGGGCAGCCCCCGACCCUUCACCAGCAACGGGCACCCCGUUGCCCCCGUAGACACUUACCAAGCGCAGCGGGCGGACGCACACCUGAAACCCGGUGACAACAAGAACAUAUAUUUAAGCAGCAGCAGCACGACGGACGUGGCCAGCGCCGUCAACGGCAACGCCAAGCGCGGCGGCACCUGGAAGAAGAUCAAGAAGAUCUUCCGGUGACUAUCCUGCUCCUCCUGCGCCGUCCGGCCACCUGACCCGAGCAAAGAGACAAACAACAUGAAAUGCAUGAAACAGCGAAGGAGGAGAAUAGUCACGAGAUUCAUUAAAAAAAUUUUUUUCCAGUUUUUUUUUUUUCCACCUACUCCCUCCUUGAGAUGGGAGUGGUAGUUUGGGGCCCGCUUGCCCCUCCCCAUUCCGGGGGACGAGGAGCGGCCUGCUCCGCGUAGAGGGAAAAAAAAAUAUGUGUAUGUGACAUGAUAAUAAACCGUGUGUAUUGUACAAGUAGCUAUGAUUACGGAGCGGCUCGCGUCGGUUUAGCCAAACUGUGGUAGCGAGGAUUCUGCUACAGUAUGCAUGCAUGCAUCGCUAAUGAGGGUUUUUCUUUUUCUUUUUCUUUUUUUUUUUUUUUCUUUU